AUGUCUGAUGAGGAGCCACUUUGGGAGAAGUUUGGUUUCGAAUCUCUGGAAGAAUUAGUCCGAUUCCAUCAAUAUGAGAUGGCUAGGCGAAGGGCCGCAAGGCCCCUGCCGAUGGAUGAGGAGGCGGAGAAUCAGGCGGAGCACCUGUCCGAGAAGGCCGAGAAAGCUGCCGAGCCCAAGAAGGCUGACAAGAUCAAAGACCUCGAUAGCAAGAAGAGUGCUGAGUCUGGAAACAACGAGGAGACACCCAAAGGACUGGAUGCGGGUGACAACGCCACUUCGACGACAAACAAAUAA